AUUCAGAAAAAAUGACUGAACAGCAUUCAUUAAACCUGUCUGGAAACGUUGAAAAUACUUCAGACUGGAUUCUCAAACUGGAUAUUUCUAUGUUUCAGGAUUAUCCUGAUUGGAUGUUAAACAUGGCAUUUUCUUUCUGUAUAAUCUUUCUAGUCUGUGGAUUGCCUGGCAACAUUGUUACAAUACUGGCUCUCUGUAAGUGUAAGAAGGUUCGAAACACAACAGCUAUUUUCAUCAUAAACUUGUCUGUAUCCGAUCUACUCUUCUGCAGUUUUAACCUUCCUCUAGCUGCUUCAGUGUUCCAAGCUAGACGCUGGGUGUGGGGUAGUCAGCUUUGUCAGCUGUUCCCUUUUCUGAGAUACGGUUUACUGGCUGUAUCCAUAUUCAAUAUUUUAGCCAUAACUAUCAACAGAUAUAUAAUGAUAGCUCAUCCUACACUUUAUCCCAGGCUAUAUAGUAAACAGCUAUUACCUUUACAUGUAAUCGGAACAUGGAUCGGAGGUUUUGGAAGUUUAGUGCCCACUCUUGCAUCAGUAUGGGGGGAGUUUGGACUCGAUCCGGGAAUUGGUUCAUGUACAAUUCUUCAUGACAGAAAUGGAAGAUCGCCAAAACAAUUUCUUUUUGUGUUUGCUUUCCUGGCACCUUGCCUAGCAAUCAUUCUCUGCUACGCCAGAAUAUUUGUGAUUGCGCACAAAGCUGCCAAAAAAUCUGGGAAAAAGAAGGAGUCCAAGGUUAUUGAAUACAAACAGGAGGAUGUAAACAAUGUUCAGAUUGUGAAUAGAGAAAAGCAUGAAUUUUCCUCAUCACUGCCUUCAUCUUUACUUUCUUCAAUGUCUGGCAAAAGCAAGGACACUAUGACGUCAUCACUGCAAACACCAUCGCCAUUUUUAGAAAGAAACAGUUUGGAGAAACCUCAAAUAACUAAAGAGAAUGAAAUAGGAGAGUUUGGAGUUCAUCUUUGUGUACCAGGAUACAUAGAUCCUUCAGUACCCCACAGAUCAACUGGAUUAAAUGGAGAAAAUGAAGAACGUGUACUUCAUUCUAUGCUAGAGGGUGGAGUUUGUACAAAACGAGAUGGAUUGUCAGAUUUUGAUGUACAACAAGAGAAACAAGCAGGUGUAUUGAUUUUGAGGGAAGAAAAGGGUAAAAAACUAUUAGAAGAAGAAGAUGAACAUGGUUGUAUUUCCGGACAAGAUCUACGAGGGGCUGAGGAAUGUAAAGGAGUAGGUUCGGAAGUACUACAUGAAGGAGUUUGUCCAGAUGUUCCUGGUGAACAUAAAGUAGCAGGUCCAGGAUUUUCUGAGGAACAUAAAGCAGUAGUUCCAGGAGUUCCCGAUGAACAUAAAGGAGUAUGUACUGGAGUUCCUGAGGAACAUAAAGCAGUAGUUCCAGAAGUUCCCGAGGAAAAUAAAGGAGUAUGUACACUAGUUUCUGAUGCACAUGAAGGAGGAUGUUCAGGAGUUCCUGAUGCACGUAAAGGAAGGUGUAUAGGAAUUCCUGAUGCACAUAAAGGAGGAUGUCCAGAAUAUCCUGGAGAACAUACAUCAAUAAGUUUAACAGUUCUUGGAAAAAAAGAAGAUUUCAAAUUGAAUUUACCAGGAUUAGGAACUCGCCUAGAUAGUAAAAUUGUAUUUGGACCAGGAGGAGGAACUCAUGAUAAACUAGAAGUACAGAAAGAUAAAGGAUACUAUGAACCAGGAAAACUGAAUAUUGGCAGAGGAUUGAGAAGAGAGUCUUGUGUAUCCUUCUCCCUGAGAAUACCAAAUAUAACCCCAGGAUUUAUCAGAAAUGGAACUCGCCGGCGAUCUCUACGUCCAGGGAAGUUAUCACAAAAGGAUCGACGACUUCUGAAGAUGAUUUUAGUGAUCUUCAUCAGUUUUCUUGUUUGCUAUCUUCCUAUCACACUGGUUAAGGUGGUCCGUGACCCCUCUCUCCACCUUCUGUCGAUACUAGGAUAUAUCCUGAUAUACCUGAGUACAUGUAUUAAUCCUAUUAUCUAUGUACUCAUGUCCAGUGAGUACAGGCAGGCGUACAGGGCUCUACUCACAUGCCAGACUACCAGGAUGGGGAGAUGAGCUGAAACUAAAUGAAACCACAAUUUUAAUUUUGAAUUAAAAAAAUAUAUUUAAAACCGGCUUGA